UGCGGGAGGCGGAGCGCUCAGCUGUGAUUCUGACGCUGCUGAUGAGAGGGUACACGUCGUGUUGUCUUCGCCCUGCUUGUGUUUCUGCCGCUGCAGCCGCUCUCUUCUCCAUGUUCGCUUCACUCAGCGGCUCUGACACCGAGUGCACCGCCUAUGCUGAAGGAUUUAAUGCGUCCAACGCGCUGGAAUAACUCUCUUGCUCCGUUUGUUCACACGUUUUGGCUCGAUUUUUCUCCCCUGCUUGGUGAUUUCAUACUAACAGUUCCACAUUAAGGACAGAAACACGGACACGCGUCACGAUGCCGCUGACUUCAAGUUUGGCGAGUAAAAACUACGAUUACGAGUACGACUCCCUGCAGCCGUAUUUCUACUAUGACAACGAGGAGGAGGAUUUUUACCCUCAGCAGCAUCAACCUCCGGCUCCGAGUGAAGACAUCUGGAAGAAGUUCGAGCUGCUGCCGACGCCUCCUCUGUCCCCGAGCCGCCGGCCGUCCCUCUCCAGCCUCUUCCCGUCCACGGCGGAUCAGCUGGAGAUGGUGACCGAGUUCCUGGGCGACGACGCGGUGAACCAGAGCAUCAUCUGCGACGCCGACUACUCGCAGACCUUUCUCAAGUCCAUCAUCAUCCAGGACUGCAUGUGGAGCGGCUUCUCCGCCGCGGCUAAGCUGGAGAAGGUUGUGUCGGAGCGGCUCGCCUCCCUGCACGCAGCCAGGAAGGAGACGACGUCGUCGUCGUCGCCGCCAGCGUCCUCAGCCGCCGCCGCUGUUGUCUGUGACAGCCCGGACGCGAGCCGUGCAGCGGCUGCAGCUGUGUGGAGGCUGAACAGCAGCUACCUGCAGGACCUGAACACGUCCGCCUCGGAGUGCAUCGAUCCAUCUGUGGUUUUCCCCUAUCCCAUCGCAGAGACGCCCAAGCAGAGCGCAGCAGCGACGCCGCCGAGUAAAGACCUGGGUCUGGACACGCCGCCCAACAGCAGCAGCAGCAGCUGUAGUGACUCAGAAGAUGAAGAUGGAGAUGAUGAUGAGGAGGAGGAAGAAGAAGAAGAAGAAGAAGAGGAGGAGCAGGAGGAAGAAGAGGAGGAGAUCGAUGUGGUAACGGUGGAGAAGAGGCAGGCGGUGAAGCGGUGCGACCCCAGCCCGCAGGAGACCAGGCAUCCCAGCCCGCUCGUGCUGAAGAGGUGCCACGUCUCCACCCACCAGCACAACUACGCCGCCCACCCGUCCAUGAGGCACGACCAGCCGGCUGUCAAGAGGCUGAAGCUGGAGAGCAGCAGUGGAGGUGGAAGUGUUGGUGGCCACAGCAGGGUCCUCAAACAGAUCAGCAGCAACCGCAAGUGUCUGAGCCCGCGGACGUCCGACACGGAGGACUACGACAAGAGAAGGACUCAUAACGUACUGGAGCGCCAGCGGAGGAACGAGCUCAAGCUGAGCUUUUUCGCCCUGAGGGACGAGAUCCCCGAAGUUGCCAACAACGAGAAGGCGGCCAAAGUGGUGAUCCUGAAGAAGGCGACAGAGUGCAUCUACAGCAUGCAGUCUGACGAACACAAACUGGUCACACUCAAAGAGCAGCUGAGGAGGAAAAGUGAACUUUUAAAGCAGAGACUGUCACAGCUGCAGAGCUCUCGCGCUUAAAAACGUUUGAAUCAGACUUUGUUUUUGUGGCAUUUUUUUGUUUUUUAUGCAAGUUCAAAAACUUGAGGUGUACAGUUGUUGUUGUUGUUGUUGUUGCAUGCAAAUGCAAAAGCGGAUUAAGUUGUUUGGAAUCUCAUUUGAUUUCAAUGUUAAAACUGCCUCAGUAGAAGUUAAGGGUGGAUUAAAUAUUUAAAAGUUUAUUUUUAUUAAUAAAAUAUUAAAACGACAAAAAAAUUGGGCCGUCCUUGUUGGAGGUCCAAGCUAAAAUAUAAAUUUUUAUGUUUUGUAUAUAAUUAAUAUUUCCUAAGAAAAUGUAUUUUUGGAUCUCAAUUGUCUGGAUGUUCAGACCCAGUGUUUGUUUUUUUCCAUUAUGUUCAUAGAUUCUUUU